UCAGCAAAAAGAAAAGAAAAACUUUUAUUAACGAAAAAAAAUAACAGGCCAUUGAUUUUUUAAAUUAUUUUGGUUGGUGGUGCCGUGGAGAAGGGCAGACGACGAGAGGAAGGAGACGAGACGAGACGCGACGCGACGCGGAGGCGGAGCCGGAGAUCCGGGCGACGACCCGGGGUAGGAGGAGGCGGAGGCGGAGGCGCUUGCGGCGAGGCCCACCAUGGAUUCCGACCACUGGAUCUUGCGCCUCAUGGCCGCCAAGCGCCAGUACGCGCUGCAGCGCGCCCAGCAUGAGAAUCACCACCAUGCCGCCACCGUGUCGCACUCCCACCUCGAUCGGUACGGGUAUGAUGAUAUCCAACCAGAGGAUGAGGUACGGCCGGACUUCCCAUGCCCUUACUGCUAUGAAGAUCAUGACAUUACAUCGCUUUGUGCCCAUCUGGAGGAUGAGCACCCUUUUGAGUCUAAAGUUGUGGCUUGCCCGGUUUGCUCUGCUAGGAUUUCGAAGGAUUUGUUGGAUCAUAUAACCCUUCAGCACAGCUACCUUUUUAAACUUCAGAAACACCACAGAUUACGCAGAGUUGCUGUUCCUAGCAACCAUGCUCUCUCCCUUGGAGGGAGAGAUCUACAGGAGACCUACUUAAAGGUUCUUCUUGGAAAUAGUAGUCGAAGCAGUGGUACCAAUGCAAGUUCUGUCACUGAUUCACUACUAUCUUCACUUGUUCUAAAUUUAUCUUCAUCAGAAACAGAAGAUACAGCAAAAUUUUGUGCUCCACCUGUGGUAGAAAAUAACUGGUUCAAAAGAGCACUGCCUUCGAAGACUUGGAAGUCAAGCUCUGAUUCUAAUCUUAGUCAGGAAGAGAGGGAGAGAAGGCGGAGACGAGCUGCGGUGAGAUCAUCUUUUGUACAGCACCUGCUUGUCUCUACCCUCUUUGAUGACUAGCAGGAACAAAAUCUCUGAGAACUGGAACCAAGUGGGCUUUUGCCCCCACAUUUGUGGAUGAAUGAUGAACAUUGAUGAUGAACCGAUCCGAUCUGGCUGGCUGGUCAUCAUCUUCAGAAUCUUGUGGCUGCUCAUCCAACCUAGGCUGGUACCUGAUGCUAUCAACGUUGAUGAUGAACCGAUCUGGCUGGCCUCUUUCAUGUCAUGGAAGCAGUUCUGAACAUUUGCGUUCGAAGUCUGAAUUCACAUUGCUAGGUUAUGGGACUAGUGAUGCUGUAUUGAUUAUGUCAUUUCGUAUGAUUUCAUUAUGUGCUUAACAAAACAGUGAACUUUACCCAGUUUGAUUCUUACUAUAAAGAUUUCAAGAUUAAAUUCCAUCUUUUGUAUAUUCAUGUGGUUACAUUAUCUUUUAUUUAUCUGA